UGUGACGUCACAGGAACCCCAGACGACAUUUCUUCCCGUUUCGGUAAACACUUGACAGAGCGCAAAGUUGGAUACCAAAGUCACUGAACACCGGCAAUACGCAGUAGACCGGACCAAGAGACAAAACCUCACCCCAGACGGAUAAAGACUUCAAGUCUUAGAUUUAACGCAGGGGAACCAUGUGUCCUACCUGAGCGCUAAAUCAGGCGAACACACUCAGUGCACACCGGCCGUAAACAAAUCUCAGAACGAGGCAAGGCGAAAGGGCUGGAUCGUCGCCCAACAAGAAGUUGAGAACUUUUAAUCAAGUUCCUGUGUUCUUUUCGACAUACCGAGGGAUAGUUACUAAAACCGAAAUAAGGAGGCAUCGAGGAUGUCUAUAGGCUCUAUAAUCGGCGGGGUGCCGUCCUUGAAGAAGCUUCAAGGGGCGAGCAACGACGACUGGAUCGACAGACUAAACCAUGUAUGGACGGUUUUUCUUUUCGCCUUAUUCGCUAUCGUAGUGAGUACUGGACAGUUUGUUGGCGACCCAAUUCACUGCUGGUGCCCAGCGGAGUUUACGGGAGCCUAUGUCGAUUAUGCCAAAUCAUACUGCUGGAUUAAAAACACGUACUACAUCCCCAUGGACACGCCCAUCCCCGUGGAUCAUGCAGAACGCGAUUCCGAGGAGCUGACCUACUACCAGUGGGUUCCUCUCAUUCUCCUCUUCCAGGCGUUCAUGUUCAAGUUCCCCAACAUCUUAUGGAGAGUCUUCAAUGGCGGCGCUGGCAUCAAUCUGGACAAAAUUGUUGAAAUGGCCGAACAGACCCAGAUGGGAUCUCCAGAAGACCGUAACACAACGAUCGAACACAUCGCCAGGUACAUGGACAGAUGGCUGGAAACCCACAGAGAGUAUCACUGGAACAUCAUCGUCAGAGCUAAACAAAAGAUGGCAAGGUUCUGUUGCUUUUUCUGCAACAAGAGAGCCGGAACCUACUUAACUGCAUUUUACCUCUUCAUCAAAGUCUUGUACGCCGCCAACGUCAUUUCUCAGUUUUUCAUCCUGAACGCUUUCCUGGCAACUGAAUACAACAUGUAUGGUUUUGAUGUCAUGGCCAUGUUGGCCUCCGGGGGUACAUGGAAAGAGUCCCCACGGUUCCCCAGAGUCACGCUUUGUGACUUUAAGAUUCGUCAGCUUCAGAAUAUCCAAACCUGGACAGUGCAGUGCGUCCUUCCAAUCAAUCUCUUCAACGAAAAGAUCUUCAUCUUCAUCUGGUUCUGGCUCGUCCUCGUUGCGGCCCUCACAUGCGUCAACAUGGUGGCAUGGUUGUAUAGGGUAAUGUUCAAGAGAAACAGACCAGCUUACAUCAAGAAGUACCUGAAAAUCAGCAACGAGCUCCACACAGGGUCCGACAAGAAACUGUGCGCCAAAUUCGCUGACCAGUAUCUUCGGGAUGAUGGUGUUUUCGUUAUUCGAGUCAUCUCCAAGAACUCUACAGAUCUCGUUGCUACAGACUUAGUGUUUAAACUAUGGAAGAUCUACAAGGAUAAAACUCUUCCAUCCAAGAACCCUGAAGAUGAUGAGCCAACAGGAGAUGAGGAUAAGAAAGCCUUAGCUUCAUCAUAAACAAACGAACAUAUAGAAAUCAUUGUACACCAACAUCUGGACCAGGACCAGAAGGACGGAAGUGGCAUGGCACAUUCUGUUGAAACUGUGUAAACAGAAAAAAACCGAUUCUCUUAAGUUGGUUUGUGGUGAUAGGUGUGAGAUGCAAGUUAGCCAACAAAACACAUGUGUCAUGUGCCACACAUGCUUUUAGGUGUUUGUAGUUAUAGAAACACUGAAAUUAGUCUUGAAAGUAAGAACACAAGUGGGGUGUUUACGUGAUUUCAAUGAGUGUAAGAUCAAAAUAGUCUUCCAAGUACAUGCAAUGUACAACCACCAAUCUUGAUUUACUAGACUCCAGCAUACUAGCGUUCAAAAUAUUUCCGCUGCUAAUUCUAAAUUGUGGUAGUUUGUUCUGUGCAAGAAUGACAUUCAUUUACAGUUUUGAGGGUAUUGUUGGCCCAUUUCACCCGUAAAGAGAUGGUUGAUGAAGCUAGGACGUACAGGUGUUAGCUAACAACAUACUAAUGCCUAUUUGCACAAAAUACUAACACGUUCAGCUUACCUCACCAAGGUGCCCCAGCAUAGAACCUUCUUCUUUGAUUUUAUCUGUGUGAACAUGACUUCGGACUUCACAAUGGCUACUCAACUUUUGUCGUUCCGGUGAUAAUUCCAAACUGAUUUAACAUGAACUAGUUGCAUAGAAUGACCUUUCAAUGUAAGUCUCUAUGAACAAACAGUCCUCGUUUGGGAAACCAGUCAUGGAAUUUAAUAUGACACUCAACCCUAAUUGCUAAUCACUGCCAACACCUUAGAGUUCUCAGUGAAAGGGUCAAUAAUCUGCACAGUGUUCUCUGAAAACAAUAUAUUGAAUGAGCUUCUUGCUUUAAGCUAGCAUUGGUCACUGAACAUCUCGUAUUUAGUUUUCCAUAUUGCUGACGUGUCUAUCUAGUCACCAAGCUUGCACGUUAUGUACACAAAUUACAAAAUGUACUAAAAAUUAAUUUCGAACAACCCCACAUUCCGUACAGUUGUGAUAAAGAAAUCAAACUUAAAACAUUAUUAAUCAGCUUAGUGUGUAAUAUAGGUAUGUAGAUGACUAUAUCAUGGAUAUAUAUAUAUUGGUAGGCUUUGGUAUAGAGUUAGAUAACUAACAUACCUAACAAGGUGGCUGUUCAAUCAAAAGUAUGUACAUGUAUGUAGUUACUAAUACGAUAUUGUUCUAGAGUAGAUAUUGUCAUUGCUUUGGUACAUGUACGUCAUCAUAGAUAUUUGAUAGUAUGGGUUGUCAUGCAGCUGUCUACGAAAUUGUACUGAUUUACCCAUGUAACUGAAUUCAUCAAUUGCUCGUAAUCGUCUUCUGCUAUUUGUACCUGCUUGUUUAUGCCAUCUAUUAACAUAAGUACUGUACCUGUAUGUUCCAAUGUCUUUCCAUUCUACAUGGCUCAGUAAACCAUAUGGCAUUAUGAUGUUAUAUUUAUGAAGUGAAUCUGUAUGAUCUAUCACAAAUAGUCAUCUAUGCAAAUGAGAUGGUUCUCCGUCAAGUGCCACCAUCAGCAGCAUGGUUAGUUUUGCUCUUCUUCGUGAAGGUAACGAAGGAUAAAUGUGAUAGCCAGUUUGUCUGUACUGUUCUUCCAUGUAAUAUAGAUAUAUUUUCUACAGUUUAUAUAUUGCGCCCAGGUGGUCACAAUCUGCUAAAUGUAAAUACAUGUGUUUUAUUUGUGUUUUAUAUGUGUUAUUGAUGUUCUUACUAUUAACGAAGCGCGCAACAAAUCCAGGAACAAGUUACACGAAUGUAAGAUUUGAAUCGACCGUACCCAAAUUUUAAAUUUAGUCAGUAGUAUAAUUAAGAAAAUUUAAUAUUACUGAAUCCGUGAUAUCCAUGUCUGUCUUAAAUGGCGAUCAGGGGAGUCAAUGGGGAGGGACCACAAUGGAUGUUGAGUGAGAUCAGUGAUUGUUGUUGACCACAAAGAAGAUAACAAGCGCCUCCUGAUGGCAAGGUUCGAUCCCCAACCAGUGGUUUACAUGCUCCAAGAAUUCCGUCGCGUUGGGAUACGACAGAUAAUCGCGUAAGACCCGAAAUACUCGCAAAAAUGUUUCAUGAAUCCAUUCCAGGUCACAGUCUCAACUAUGCAUCUCAGCUGUAUCUGACGUAUUUCCAAGAAUGUUUUUCUUAUUCAUUCCAUUUUCUGAGAGCACAGAAGCAAAUAUCAUGUAAGCGCCAAAUGUACAACAUGUAUAUGUGUGUAGAAAAGUUGUAAUUAGAUCAACGGCCUAGGGACCAAAUUACUAAAGUUCCACGAAGAUAUAUUCACCAUUUUUCAUUUAAUGUUCAUUUCAUUACGUGAGGAUGAAAAUAUUUUGUAUUUCCACACGCUAAACCGAUAUUGGUGGGUUGUUACAACGAACUGUACAUAGUGUUUCCUUAUCUGGCCUGGUGUAUAAUUUUGACAUAUAUCCAUUCACUGGAACUUUCUUAAUUCAGACGAGAGAUUAUCUGAAUAGUUAUCUCUUCUUUUUUUAAAAAUAGUUGAACUUUAUGUAUGUUUUCAUUCAAGGAGAUUUAUAACCUUACGUUGUUAAUAUGAAUGAAAUCUAGAUUGAUUUUUAAUGUCAACAUUUAAUGUAUUAUGAAAAUGCAAGUACAAAUAAAAUAUAUAAUAUUU